AUGUCCGGCGACAUGGCAGCACCUAAGAAAAGGCGGCCUAGCGAACGCUGGACAUCAUUUGACGACUGGAACUACGGCGGAAUGAGGCAGCGCCUUGAGGGAUUCAUGGCGUCCAUCAGCAAGGCGGCGCUGACGGAGCAUGCCUCAGUCGUGCUCGGCUCACCCGCGUCCAUGAGCGAACCCUUCUCUGCUGGCCAGCACUGGUGCUGCUUCGAGCUUGUUGCACCAGACGACCGCUUCCUCGUCGCACGAGUUCGGCUGCCGAAACAUCCCGAGAGUAACGCCACAGACACGGACGAGGAGUACUUGAUCCAGUGCGAAGUUGCAACGAUGAGCUUCCUGCGGGCGAAUGUCAGGACCGUCCCAUUGCCUGAACUCUACGCGUACGAGGCGCCAGGAUCCACGAGGGCCAUCAACGCAGGCGCCACGUACAUGCUCAUCCAAGGAUUCUACGGCAAUUCUCUCCAAGACAUCGACCAAAGCAUUUACGACCUUCCUGUCUCGACCCAAGAGCACGUUUUUGCGCAGUGGACGUCAGUUCAGGCGGAGCUUGCCGCUUUUACCUUUCCACAGAUUGGCUCCAUCUCGCAAUUUUCCACAGACACUGGCCCUACCAUUGGCGCAAUCGCUACAGCUUCGAUUGACGGUCUUCCGGCUGCCGGCCCAUUCCGCUCCGGAUGGGACUACUUCGUUGCCGUGGCGGAAGGUCUUGUCGCCGAUGCACUCCAAAGGAAGCGUUCGGGCACGGAGAGUAGCCAGUUUGCUACUCUCGGCCCUCUCGUUUUUCGAAACAUCGUGCGCGACACGCAUAUUUUCAAGAGUAAAGGACCGUUUCACCUCAAUCACAUGGACAUGGGCAUGCAGAACAUUCUCAUCGAUGAUGGCUUCAAUUUCGUCGCCGUGAUUGACUGGGAACUUGCCCAUUCGGCGCCUUGGGAAGUGAAUCACUAUCCCAUGCCGAUCCCGCUGAUCUCCUCCGACCGGGGAAUUGCAGAGAUUCUCUACGACCCCAGACACAUGGCCCAUCGCAAUGUGUCACGGCAGGCUGGGGCGAGAUUACUGUACCGACAGAAGUUUGAGGAGGCGGAACGAGCGCUUGAAAAGAGAGGCAAGCCACUGCACUACUCAAUCGCUGAAGUUCUUGACGGAAAGGCAUCUAGGAUCUACGGCUUAGUUGAAAAGAUCGGCGUCUUUCACGGCAUGGAAGAAGAGCUCACAUACGAGUUGGUCCGGCUAGGCUACGGGCUCACAGGCCCGGAAGCAGAACAGCACCUUCAGAUGCUGGGAGGAGACGAGAGGGGCGAUGGUUGCUAG